AUGCCGUGCGACACCAAAACCACCUGCGCCGGCUGUUCCUGCGCCAGCACACGUCCACCCCCAAAUAUAGAAGACUGCGAAGCCGAGCUGCUCGCACUACGCAAGCGCACAGUGGACCUAGAAAAGACCCUAGCAAAACUAUCCGUACAAGACAACACAAAAGCUAGAGGUCGUAAACUACGCUCCACACGCUGGUUCAACAACGAUGAAAACCCAGGCAUGACAGCACUCUAUAUCGAACGAUAUCUCAACUACGGGCUCACGCGCGAAGAACUCAUGGCUGGAAAACCAGUCAUCGGCAUCGCGCAGUCUGGCUCUGAUAUCGUGCCGUGUAAUCGGCACCACCUUGAACUGGCGAAGCGUGUGCGGGAGGGUAUUCGCAGUGCUGGGGGUAUUGCGUUUGAGUUUCCUACGCAUCCAAUCCAGGAAAGUUCAAGGAGACCGACUGCUUGUCUAGAUCGGAAUUUGGCCUAUCUUGGCUUGGUGGAGAUUUUGCAUGCUUAUCCUUUGGAUGGGGUUGUGCUUUUGACUGGGUGUGACAAAACGACGCCGGCUGCGUUGAUGGCGGCUGCUACUGUGAACAUUCCGGCCAUUUGCUUGAAUGUUGGCCCUAUGCUGAAUGGAUAUCUAAAGAACGACCUGGCUGGAUCAGGUAUGGUAGUAUGGAAAGGGCGAGAGAUGUAUGCUGCAGGCGAAAUGAACCGUGAAGAGUUCAUGGACUAUGUGGCUCGAGGAGCACCAUCUGUGGGCCAUUGUAAUACAAUGGGGACAGCAUCAACCAUGAACGCACUAGCAGAAGCACUGGGUAUGGCUCUACCAGGCUCAGCAGCAAUCCCAGCUCCAUACAGAGAGCGUGGCCAAUGCGCCUACGAGACCGGCCAACGAAUUGUCGAAAUGGUCCACGCAGACCGCAAGCCGAGUGAUAUAAUGACACGCGCAGCUUUCGAAAAUGUCAUCGCAACCAAUACCGCCAUUGGCGGCAGCACCAAUGCACCAAUUCAUAUCAACGCCAUGGCCAAACACAUUGGCGUGGACCUUUCCCUAGACGACUGGGACAAGAUCGGAUUCCACAUCCCUCUACUGCUCAAUAUGCAACCCGCCGGCGAGUUCUUGGGCGAGGAGUAUUUCCGCGCAGGAGGAUUACCUGCUAUCAUGGCCGAACUACUAGACGCAGGGAAACUGCGCCCGGAAGCACUGACAUGCAAUGGCAAAACCGUCGAAGAAAACGUGCGCGGACAACAUACCUGGAAUCGAAAGAUUAUUCACGCUUACAGCGAGCCUAUGAUGGUCGAUGCUGGAUUCUUGCAUUUGACCGGCACUUUGUUCGACUCGGCAAUCAUGAAGACAUCGGUGAUCUCACCUGCGUUUCGGCAAAGGUUCCUCGGGAACCCAGAUGAUCUGAAUGCCUUUGAGGGCGCUGUUGUGGUCUUUGAUGGACCGGAGGACUACCACAACCGACUCGAUGACCCCGCAACGCCGAUUAAUGAUACUAGUAUUCUCGUCAUGCGUGGUGCAGGACCGUUAGGAUACCCCGGUGCAGCGGAGGUAGUGAAUAUGCACCCCCGGGACGGGAUUACUUCGUUACCGUGUAUUGGGGAUGGCCGUCAAUCGGGCACAUCAGGCUCGCCCUGCAGCUGGGGAAACCUUGCGCUGCUUCGUGAUGGGGAUCGGUUGCGGGUUGAUUUAACUAAGCGCCGGGUUGAUAUUCUCAUUGAUGAUAAUGAAUUGCAGCGUCGUCGCGAGGAGUUGAAGUCUCGGGGUGGGUUUGCUGUGCCUGAGAGUCAGACGCCGUGGCAGGAGAUCUUCCGCCGUGAGACUGAUCAGCUGAACGAGGGUAUGGUGCUGCGUGAUGCUGUUAAGUAUCAGCGUGUUGCGCAGCGAUGGGAGGAACCGAGGCACAAUCAUUGA